CUUUCCUUCGCACCCCUUGGCUGCCACACCGAUCCAAGUCCACACCCACAUCCCCUUCGCUCGUUGGAAAUAAAGCGCCCCCUCACCUUCUCCCCACACUCACACAUACGACCGCUCUCGCCAUGGUCCCAAAACCACUCAAAUAUAUCCGGGUGGCCCUGCACACCUUCGUCGCCCUCAUCCUUCUAAUCUUCAUGAUCAUCCCUACCUUGCUCUACGCAGCCUAUCUGCGUGCAACCGCACCCAAACACGUCCCCUUCCACUCACACUUCUUCAUCCGCAUCGUCUAUCUCGCCGCUGCUCUGUUCCCAUACCAAUGGUACAGUCCUGCCAUUUCCCUGCGCACAGUGCUCGUCCCUGGCGAGAGAAGCAUGGUCGUGCAGCGCGACACCUGGAAAGCCUACUGGGUCGGCACCCUCGAGACCAAAAAGAUUCCAUCAGAGACCCGCGGAGGCAAUCCCACUUGGAAGGUCUCUCUCAAGGGCGUCGACAUCAUCAUGCUGUACGCUCACGGAGGCGGCUUCGUCUUUGGUGAUGCUGAGAUGUACAACAACAUCUUCUGUUCCUGGGUCCAACACUUCAAAAAAGUCCACAACAAGACCUUGCGCAUCCUCUCGGUGGAAUAUGAUCUCGCACCUCAAAAAAAGUUCCCCUACCAGCGAGAUCAGUACCUGUCCGCGUAUCGUUUCUUGGUCCAUGAGAUCAAGUGGAACCCACGAAAGAUCAUCUUUGGCGGCGACAGUGCUGGCGGAAACAUCAUCUUGAAUGCGUGUUAUGUCCUUCAUGAAAACCGCCUUCCACCCCCUCGCGCUUUGCUUUGCAUCUCUCCCUGGAUUCGCCUGGAUGCCAAUGAGUCGACUUCGCCCUCCAUGGCCCACAACCGCAAGACAGACUUUAUGCCUCCACAGGUCUUCAAGAAGAUCGCGCGCUCCUAUGCAGGACCCAAAGAGAUUCAUGACCCCCACGUCUCGCCAUUCUACGUCCAAGACCACUCCAAAUUCCCAGAGAUGGCCAUCGUUUACUCGUCUGGAGAGGUGCUUCGGGACGAUUGCGCACGUUUCGUCGAUCAUUACCAGGCAACAGGCGGACGCGUCACGUACCAUUACAUGGCUGAGGGUAUGCCCCACAUUUACGGACUCCUAAGGGAGCUGAGCGGCAAGACGGCGGUCAAGGAUACGGAGCGAAGACUAAUGGAAUGGGUCAAUAUGCUGGUGGAGGAGAACAGGAUCUUGUUCGAGAACCGAAAGCGUAUCAAUGCCGCUAAUGCUACUGCCUCCGCUUCCGCAACCGACCUCGCCACCUCUGCUGCCGCUCCAGGAACACUACCCACCUAUCUUGCGACACCUCCAAUGGACCUUGAAUAUGCACAGACGCCUCAACUCUCGCACGCCACGCGAAUUGUCGCCGCACAGCCGACCAUCACUGCACAUUCGAGGAACGACAGCGAACAUUUGCAUCCCGCGGACCUGCAAGAGAUCGUAACAGAAAAGACAGCGUCUUCUGCAUGCAGCUCGCCGGCAUACAUGGGAGGCGACAAGGAAGAGUACUUUGAUGCGGAUAGACAGGAUAAUUCUGACGAUGAGGGAGAUGACGACGAUGUCUCUGUGGAGAUGCUCGUUGUUGACCACAACUAGGGGACUUUUUUUACCUGUCAAAGCGCCGAUUCCUAUAUUAUUCACAUAUCAUGCCCUAAUAAAAGCCAAUGCAAAAC